CGCCCCUGCCUCUUCCCUCCACCCACUUCCUCUGUCUUCUUCGUCAAACGAUGAACCCCGUUUCUUCUUCUACCCCCUCUUUCCUCCGCUUCUUCCUCUACUCACUGUCCACCGAAGAAUUUUCUAUCCUUUCUAAGCCUUCUGGCGAUGCGAAUUCAGAGAUUGUGAGCUACCAAUUCACACCCGAGCGCGAAUUUCAGUUUGAACCCUAUGAACAACUCGUAGCGGUCUCAAAUCCUGCAGCGAUUCAUGAAGAGGGGAGAUGCUACCAGUUGCAGCAAGGGUCUGGGGAGAAAAGGCUGUCUUCCUCAUCAUAGGGCUGCUAUGAUGGACUCUAAACUCCUUGCUGCCCAUUUUUACCGAUGGGAGACCCCAUAUAUCAAAAUUAGUAAGAUUAUUAGGGUUUUGCUCAAAAGAAGUUGAUCUUUAAUGGAGUCUCGAGUUGGAAAUUAGUUCUGUAUCGGUCGAAAAAUUGGUAGCGGAUCCUUAGAGAUCUAUCUCGGGAAGUAUUCCAUAGAAUUGUGAGAAGCAGAACAGAAGGGCGUGAUUCUCUUGGAAAGCAAAACCUUGCUAAUUAACCUUUUUUAUGCAUACCCUUCAGUUUUCAUUGUUGGAUUUUGCUUCCUUAGAAGCCGAGAAUGGAGAUCAGAAUUGAAAAUUAAGCCAACAAUAAAAAACUUAGAGGGAGGAUUCUUGUAUCUAAGAACCGUGUAAAAUGUAUAGAGUUUAGAUUAUUUUAUGCGGAUCUUUUGUGAUGUCUGGUGCUUUUUAUUCUCUUGGUAGUUGUAUCGCUAUAUGUUGAAAUUUGAAUUAAUCUUGCAUGCUACUGUUUCUUUUUUUUACUUGGAAUUCUCUCAUGCUUGUGUAGUCAUGCACACAAAUUCUCUUGUUAUACUGAGUUUCGAUGACCUUAAGCAGGCUGUUGUUGUAUUUCUAUCCCAUUGUUGUUGUCAUGGAAAGACCUUUUCUGUGCAAUUCAUUAUAUGUGAUUCUGACAGGGGAUUAGGAGACCGUGGAAAGGUGUUCUCAUGUUUGGGCCUCCCGGAACUGGGAAGACACUUCUUGCUAAAGCAGUUGCUACUGAAUGCGGUACCACUUUCUUUAAUGUUUCUUCCGCAACUUUAGCUUCCAAAUAGCGUGGUGAGAGUGAACGCAUGGUGCGGUAUUUGUUUGAUCUUGCAAGAGCAUAUGCACCAAGUACAAUUUUCAUUGAUGAAAUUGAUUCUCUGUGCAAUGCUAGGGGGCGAGGGCUGGAAAAGCGUAUAUACAUUCCUCUUCCAAAUUUUGAGAGUCGUAAAGAGUUGUUGCGUAUCAAUUUGAAGACUGUGGAGGUGGCCCCUGAUGUCAAUAUAGAUGAUAUGGCUCACCGUACAGAAGGCUAUAGUGGAGAUGAUUUGACAAAUGUAUGUCGUGAUGCUUCCCUGAAUGGUAUGAGGCGUAAGAUAGCGGAAAAACACGCGAUGAAAUCAAGAACAUGCCCAAGGAUGAGAUUUCAAAGGAUCUUGUUGCUAUGUGUGACUUUGAGGAAGCUUUGAAGAAAGUCCAGCGAAGUGUUUCUCAGGCUGACAUCGAACGUCAUGUUUUAUUACAAUGUUUUAUUUUCUUUCCUUGUAACCAAUGACCAUUUAAAAAGUUCAGGAUCUUAAAGUUCUUAAUUCAUAUAUAUAACCAUAUUGCUAUGGUAAAUUCCAAUCCCA